AUGGAAUUAAGGAAUAGGAAGAAUGGCCGGAAUCCACGAGCUGCCCACGACUUGAGUGAAAGCGGCCGAGAGGAGCCACUUCCGCGUAUGUUAAUGGCCGCGCCUCCUGCGCAGGGGCCAACUGCCCAGCUGAUGCCGUGGCAACCCCAAGCGACCAAUCAGCGCCGGACCCUCCCCUUUCCCCCUAGCAAGGGCAGUCAUUCCGCCAUCAGCCAAUCCUCUCCUUUGCUCACAACAGAGACCGCGCGUCCUCCUUCUGUCAAUGUCGGCACCCGAACAACCCGGCCAGCCAACCGCCGCCUUAGUUACCUCAGAGUCCUUGCGCCUUGCAGUCAAAGUCGCUCCGAAGCAGCAGCCAUGGAUUCCUCGACCCUGCCUGAGUGGAAAAAAGCUCUCCUGGAGCGGAAGCGGGCCAAGCGGGCCGCCGAAGCGGCUCGGCUUCCGUCAGGCGACGGCUUCUCUCCGCUACGUCGGCGCCCGGCGGCUGCCUCGCUUUCCCGCCUGCUCGAGCUGUACUCGACCAUGCCGGGCGUGCGGACCAUCCGCGCCGACCGCAUCGUCAUCAUCGAGACGUGCCCGGGGGAAGCCGCCAAGCCACGCGUCCAGGGAGCCGCCGAGCUCCGGGCCGAGCAGGUGGUCGUGUACGAGCCCGAGCCGGGCCACGUCCGCCGUCUCCGGCACCAAUUCGACCCAGGGAGAGCCGGCGGCGCGACGCGCAUGCGCCGCUGUGGCGCUUGCGGGCGGAAGGAGGCUUCGGGUUGCGCACUGCGCAUGUCCGAAGGGGCAUCGAGCCGCUUCGGGGGGACGAGCUGCGCAUGUCCGAAGGGCAAAGGGGCGCUUCGGAUUGCCCGCUGCGCAUGUGCGAAGGGCGGCGUAACGUUUCGCUAUGGAUGCCAGAGAAGCCAAUGGACGCCUCUAGUCGCAUCGGCCAAGAGGAGGCGUCGCGUGCCCCAGUGCGCAUGCCAGAGCGGCAGUCGAACGCUCCGCUUGGGAUGCCCGAGGGGCAAAGGAGGUUUCGAGCAGCGAACCGCGCAUGCUUGGAGACCAGUUGGCCGACUCUCCUCGCAGCCGGAAAACACCUGGCCAGCUUCGCCUGAUGCUAGGGUUCCCAAAGAAAGCGCCUGGACGACUUCCGAGCGGCGUGCUACAAACCAUGAGGACGCCGGUCGGCAAGAAGGCGCCCGGCCUGCUUCGCCAAAGGGCCCUGAGCGCCGCGCCACUGACAGUGAGGAAAGCGGCUGGACAUCGUUGGAACCAUACUAUGGAUCCCAAGGACGCCCCUGUUCUGUUUCGCCAAGGGGUUGGGAGCUCCACACUACAAAUCCCAAGAAGACACCCUCCCUUCGAGAUGCCACAGAUCCCAAGGGUCGGUUGCGGGGCACCAUCGCUACAAGAGCCGUAGCGGCACCAGGCACCGAUGCAGCGCUCUCUCCCAGUGCCAGCCUGCGCCGCAACUCCCACAACUCCUUCCAGGUUGUCCCUCGCCCGCGAGGCGCCCAGGUUCCAAGAUGGGCACCCGCUCCCCAGGAGCCCGACCGGGUUCCCGUCACCUGCAUUGACGAGGACGCUACGGGUUCUCUGCCGCCACUGAAGGUGCUCAGCCCCCGCUUGGAGGGCUGCGAUGUCUCUGACGACAGCCCUUUGGCCCUGGAUUCUGAAGACGCCACUUUGGGUCCUGGAUUCGAAUCUUCCCUGCUGCUGCAGAACGGCAGCCGGGAGGCGCCCGGUGCCGACUUCGAAGGCGCCUUACCCCGGGGCCGUUAUCCCCGCGCGGAUGAGAUCGAGGUCAUCGGCGGGUACCUUUCGCUGGACCGCUCAUGCAUGAGCAAAGCCGGGGCACGGCGGAGGAAAAAGCUGAAGAUCUCCUUCGAUGACUCCCGCCUGCACACCAUGUUUGAGUACCCAUCCGAGAACUCCCUGGUGGCUGAAGAGCAGGAAGAGGAAGUGGAGGGGGAGGAGGAAGAGGAAGAAUACGCCUCCGAGGUCGAUGAAGCCCCGCCCCUUCCCUCUGCCAAACGGGCGGCGCCCUCUUGCAGGCCCAACUCAGGUUUCUCCAGCUACACCCCAAAAUUGCACUCGGAGGAAGGUGGCAGGUUCAAGGAGGCGCCUCCGAAGUUGGGAACUGUAGUGCCGGGUGCUGACUCACCCGACAACCACGUCAUGCUCACCCCGGCCGGUGCCGGCGCCCUUUCCGACUUCAGCAGCGAGCCUGCCCUGUACUUCUGAGCAUCCAUAGGUGCCACCCGGAA